AUGCCUGAGGAGAUUGGCUAUCUUGAUAAACUUGAGCAGCUACUAUUGGCAAACAAUAGCUUUACUGGAUCUAUACCUUCCAAAAUCUUCAACAUGUCAUCACUGAUAGGCUUGUAUCUUGAACAAAAUCACCUCUCCGGGAUAAUUCCAUCAAAUACGGGAUAUAACCUUCCUAGCUUGCAGUAUCUACAAUUGGAUCAUAACAAUUUUGUUGGAAAUAUUCCAAAUAGUAUAUUCAACUCUUCUAAUCUUAUUGUAUUUCAAUUGAGUGACAAUGCAUUCAGUGGAACUCUACCCAAUAUUGCUUUUGGAGAUUUAAGGCUCCUCAAAUCAUUUUACACAUAUGGCAACAAUUUGACAAUAGAAGAUUCUCAUCAAUUCUUUACUUCCUUGACGAAUUGUAGAUAUUUGAAAUAUCUUGACUUAUCAGGGAAUCAUGUACUACCCAAUCUUCCAAAGUCAAUUGGAAACAUAACUUCAGAAUACAUCAGGGCAAAAUCAUGUGGAAUUGGUGGUUAUAUUCCCCUAGAAGUUGGAAACAUGACCAACUUGCUAUAUUUUAAUCUGUAUGGCUGUUUCAAAGGGCUAGAGAAGCUUCAAGUAUUGUCUCUUGCUUACAAUGCACUCAAAGGAUCAUUCAUUGAUGAGCUCUGUCUAAUUAAGAGUUUAGGUGAGUUGUAUCUAGAAAAUAAUAAGCUUUCUGGUGUUUUACCAACAUGUUCGGGAAAUAUGACUUCUCUUAGAAAAUUGAACGUAGGAUCUAACAAUUUGAACUCUAAGAUACCUUCAUCUCUUUGGGGUCUCACUGAUAUAUUAAUGUUAGAUUUGUCCUCCAAUGCUUUUAUUGGUGAUUUUCCACCCGAUAUUGGGAAUUUGAGAGAACUUGUAAUAUUAGAUCUAUCAAGAAAUCAAAUUUCAAGCAACAUUCCUACAACCAUCAGUUCCUUACAAAAUUUGCAGAAUCUCUCCUUGGCUCAUAAUAAAUUGAAUGGGCCAAUUCCCACAUCACUUGGUAAAAUGAUAAGCUUAAUCUCCUUGGACUUGUCCCAAAAUAUGCUAACAGGUGCUGUUCCCAAAUCCUUAGAAUCACUUGUGUAUCUUCAAAACAUCAACUUCUCAUAUAAUAGAUUACAAGGAGAGAUUCCUGAUGGUGGACCUUUCAAGAACUGCACAGCUAUAUCUUUUAUGCAUAGUGGACCACUUUGUGGAAAUCUUCGCCUACAAGUACCACCUUGUGGCAAAAACAGAAUACUUAAAAGGAAAAGAAUUAAAAUUACUCUUGAAAGGGGUUUAUCAGCUUUAGGAGCUCUAAGAAGAAUAUCAUAUUAUGAACUUUUGCAAGCAACAAAUGGAUUCAAUGAGAGAAAAUUACUUGGAAGGGGGAGCUUUGGCUCUGUGUAUCAAGGGGAGCUUCCUGAUGGUGAGAUUAUUGCAGUCAAAGUAUUUGAUUUGCAAUCAGAGGCAAAAUCAAAGAGCUUUGAUGCAGAAUGCAAUGCAAUGAGAAAUCUACGACAUCGAAAUCUGGUAAAGAUUAUCAGUAGUUGCUCAAAUCUUGAUUUCAAAUCAUUGGUGAUGGAGUUCAUGUCAAAUGGAAGUGUAGACAGUUGGUUAUAUUCAAAUAACUAUUGUCUAAGUUUCUUGCAAAGGUUAAAUAUAAUGAUAGAUGCUGCAUCUUCAAUACCAGUGGUUCAUUGUGAUCUAAAGCCUUCCAAUGUCUUGUUGGAUGAAAAUAUGGUUGCACAUGUUAGCGAUUUUGGUAUUGCAAAGCUCAUGGAUGAAGGACAAUCUGAAACUCAUACACAAACUUUGGCUACUAUUGGAUACCUUGCACCAAAGUAUGGAUCUAAAGGAAUUGUUUCUGUCAAAGGAGAUGUGUACAGCUAUGGGAUUAUGCUAAUGGAAAUCUUCACAAGAAAAAGGCCAACAGAUGAUAUGUUUGUUGCAGAACUAAGCUUGAAGACAUGGAUCAGUGGAUCAUUGCCUAAUUCAAUUAUGGAGGUCAUGGAUUCAAAUUUAGUCCAAAUAACUGGGGACCAAAUUGAUGAUAUAUCGACUCACAUGUCAUCUAUUUUUAGUUUAGCCCUGAGUUGUUGUGAAGAUUCACCUGAAGCAAGAAUCAAUACGGCAGAUGUUAUUGCGUCGCUAAUCAAAAUCAAGGCUUUGGUUCUUGGCGCAAACAGGGUCUAG